GAUUGUGAGUGUUAGCCUGGUGUUAGCUCUAAAAUUUAUUUUUAUACACAAUCAUUCAUUUCCAUUACAAACAAAAUAACUAAGCAAGUUGUGUCACUCGCCGUAUUAAAAUAGUAUUUUGAAUUAUCUAGCAUAUUUUUCUAUCAGGUUACGGAUGCAGAGUCACUACUGAUAAGGGUGAGGCCGAAAGCUGUCUGUCAGUAAACAAGAAGUAGUGCCAAUGAACGAGAAGGACAGUGACGAGCAAUCUGAGGCUCAGAAAAUUGAGGUGGAACCGGAGGAAGCUAUGAUUGAGGAUGGAGUAAAAAACUUAAGCAGCGACGAUGAUGAGGAUUUGGAAAAAAAGAGUUCCAAAAAAAUACUGGCGGAAAUAUUUGAUGUGAUAAUGUCCGCCGAAUCGAGCAGCAAGUCCAAGAAAAAGGAUAAACACAAGAAGAGCAAGCAUCACAAGAAGAAAAAGAAACACAAAGAUGACAAGGAGAAGAAGAAGAAGAAGCGAAACAAAAGCAAAGAUCGAGACAAAAGUAAACACAAAGACCGAGAAGAAGAAGUAAAGGAAGAUGGAAAGAAAAAAGAAGAUGAGAAAUUUUAUGAAAAAUGUGAUACCGAACUAAUUAAGAGCUUGGACGGUGGAGUCAAGUUUGAUGCCAGCAAAUGUGACUUGUUCGCAGCUGGAGAGUUGGACAGCGAAGAGGAGAAAGCGUUAUCCUUUGAUUGCUUCAGGGAGAAAUCUUUGAAGAGGUCACUCUCUCCUGAUGAAGAGAGCUCGAAAAAGAGGAAAAUUGAGAUUCAAGACUUGAAACAUUGCUCUGUAUCUAAAUUGACUGCUACCGAAACAGAAAAAGAUAAAAUUUCAAGCAGGCACGAGGAAGGUGAAAUUCCUAGCAGUCAAGACGAGUCUGAAAAUGAGCCUAAAAGUUCACGCAGCGGUAAGAAGCGCCCAUCAAGAGAUAGGGAUUCUAGAGAGCGCCACAAGCACCACUCGCAGCAUGAUAAGUCUAAGAAAAGUGACCAGAAAUCGUCUUCACGCCGAGCAGGUGACUCAUCUAGAUCAAGCAGGUCUGAAAGGCAUUUACAGGACAAAGAAAGACAUCGCCAUGAGAAGCCUCUUGAUCGAAGCCACUCGGACAGAGAUAGGGGCUCUGAUCGGCACCGAAGUGCAGAGAAUAGAGACAUUAGAGGGAGAAGGUCUAGAAGCAGGGAAAGACUUCACGUGGUCAGGAAGCCAGAUAGGAGGUCUUCAAGGGAAGAGGAGAGGAUUGACAAGAAAAAGUUGCUUGCCAUUGCCAAGAAAAAUGCGACCUACAUCUUGAAGGAGCAGCAGGAAAGAAUGCUCCAAGCUGGAGUAAUUCCACCAAACGCAAUUUCAAACAAAACGGGGAAAACUGUUGCUGAGCUCACAGAAUACUGCAAAAAGCUCGUAAAAUCUGGCAGCGGCUCAAGUGACAGUGAAUCCGAUUCUGAGCUCAGUCAAGGAGAAGGGCCUACUGAGUCUUUCAUUCACCAUCCAUUCCAGCUUAGAGACCGACCUAACUCAAUCGUAAUGAAUAUCAGAAAUGCUACUCAGCUUCCGAACAAGUCUUUGCUUGAAAAAACAUCGGAGUCCUCUAAAAUUAGAAGCCAACAGUACCCAGUCUCCAGUGGCCAGCAACACAGAUCCACAGAAUGGGUGCCUGUGUCCCCGCCAUCACAGAGCAAAAAGGAGCCUCUCAAGGAAAUAAUGCCGCCGCCGCCACCACCACCGCCCAGCAAACCUUCCGCUGUUGUUGCAGCCAAUACUUGUACAGAUGCCUCUGGGAACAUCGAUAUUUCUAGUGUUAUUUCACAAAAAUUGUCUGCGAUGAGGAAAAUCCAAGAGUCAAGCCAGAGCAGUGCUCCCAGCUACAGCUAUGGAUAUGGUGGUGGACCAUCCAAAUUGACAAAAUUACUUAAGCUCUCUGCUUUGAGCGGAGCGUUCACUGGCAGCACUGGUGCUAGAAUGCUGACCCCCGCGGAGUUGUCCUCAGGACAGCAAGCCUGGGCUCGAAAGGACCAACUGAAGACGGCUGCACCAGUCGCUGGCGGCAUGGGAAUGAAGCUUCUGCAGAAAAUGGGCUGGAGGCCGGGCGAAGGUCUCGGCAAGAACAAGGAAGGAGGCCUUGAGCCGCUCAACCUUGACGUGAAAAUGGACAAAAAGGGGCUGGUAGCGCAGGAGGAAUGCCGAAACCGAUUCCAACCCUUCAGCGGCGCGGUCAAGAGAAAGGGAGGUGGAGGAGGAGCACCAGCCGUAGUCGCAGGGCCAGCUGGAGCAGUUGAAGUCAGCCCUGCUGCUGGUGGAGGUGAGGUGUUUUCUGGGAAGCAUCCAGUCUCAGCCCUUGUCGAGCUCUGUACUAAGAAGCGGUGGGGCUCGCCUGUUUUCGAAUUGGUCUUUGAGUCAGGACCAGAUCACAAAAAGAACUUUUUGUUUAAGGUUAAGGUUAACAAUAGAGAAUAUCAAGACCGGAUCGCAUACACCAACAAGAAACAGGCGAAGGCGAUGGCAGCCCAGUAUUGCCUCCUGCAGCUGGGCCUUAUUGUUGUCAAGUAGCUUUCAGUAGGUAGGAAAAAUAUUUUUGCUAUCUUCAUCCCAUUUAGUAGAUUCAGGGAAACGCCGGAUUUUUACUUUUAAAUGGAAAAGCUUUAUGAAGUGUAUGGAGAGAAAAAAAUUAUUGCUAAUUAUGCUCGUGUUUAAAAACUAGCCGUUCAAAUCAUUUUCUGUGCCCUUAUAUAAUUGUGAGGCAUUUAACCUGAUACAGUUAAAAUGUUAAAUGAAUCAGAUAUUAUUUUGAUGGCAAGGGAUGCGCAGUGUGCUUAAUCGUGUAAUUUGUCUUUUCUAAAUUAGCCAAUUAUUUAUGCUCUUGUAAUUUGCCGAAUUUCAAUGUAUCCAUAAUGAUCAGGCUCAAUGGUACAAUUUUGUAUCAUAAUUUCACACGUGGAAAUACCCAUUACGAUAUGCAGACACUUUUUUCUCAAAUUGAUAUCACGGUUUUUUCCAAAUUUGUUUUUCCCUUAAUUUUUCAUAACUGACAAAUCUGUGUAGCUGUGUAGCUAUUUUCAAUAAAAAGUCAAGUAUUGAACCAAAAAUUU